CUGAACAUGACGGAGGAGGCGUCCUCCUGCCCCCUGGGGUAUUUCCCCUGCGGGAACCUGACCGUCUGCCUGCCUCAGCCUCUGCACUGCAACGGCAUCGACGACUGUGGGAACCAGGCGGACGAGGAGAACUGUGGAGAUAACAACGGAUGGCCUCAUCUCUUCGACAAGUACUUCGGGAUGCCGAGCUACAACGCUGGAGCCAAGUCCAACGUUUGCUUGCUGGGUGCUGUUCCGGACCUCUGCCAGUGCAGGGACUUGGAGCUGGACUGCGACGGCGCUCAGCUUCAAGACGUCCCGGUGGUGGCCGUGAACGUCACCAUGAUGUCUCUCCAGAGAAACCGGCUCUACCGACUGAAAGCAAACACCUUCCUGAAGUACCAGAGCCUCCGGAAACUAUAUCUCCAGUACAACAAAAUCCGAGACGUGAAUCCCGAUGCGUUCAGAGGGCUGUAUAACCUCACCAGGCUAUAUCUGAGCUUCAACCAGAUCUCGGUCCUGAUGCCGGGCGUCUUCAAAGAUCUGCACAGGCUGGAGUGGUUGAUCCUGGAGAAUAACAACAUCCAUCAGAUGUCCUCCAUGACCUUCUCAGGACUCAAUUCUCUUGUUCUGCUAGUUUUAUUGAACAACUCUCUGAGCCACCUGGACGACAUCUGCGGCGAGAUGCCCAGACUCAACUGGCUGGAUCUGGAGGGAAACCUCAUCCAGCAAAUUGGAAACGUCUCCUUCCACUCCUGCAGCAUGCUAACAGUCCUGGUUCUGCAGCGUAACAGGAUCAGUCGAAUCCACGAGCAGGCGUUCUCCGUCCUCAGGAAACUUGGAGAGUUAGAUCUGUCAAGCAACCGACUGGAGGUGAUCCCGCCUAAUCUCUUCGUCCUGCUGCAGGAUUUACUCCAACUAAACAUUUCCUACAACCCCAUCGUGGAGCUGCAGGUUGACCACUUCGACAAGCUGCACAAAUUAAAAUCGCUGAGCAUCGAGGGCGUCGAGAUCGGAAACAUCCAGCGGCGGAUGUUCGAGCCGCUCAAGUACCUGACCCACAUCUACUUCAAGAAAUUCCAGUACUGUGGCUAUGCUCCCCAUGUGCGCAGCUGCAAGCCCAACACGGACGGCAUCUCGUCCUUCGAGGACCUGCUGGCCAACAUCGUGCUCCGGGUCUUCGUCUGGGUCGUCUCGGCCACCACCUGCUUCGGGAACAUCUUCGUCAUCUGCAUGCGCUCCUACAUCCGCUCGGAGAACAAGCUGCACGCCAUGUGCAUCAUCUCCCUCUGCUGUGCGGAUGGGCUGAUGGGUAUCUACCUCUUCAUGAUUGGUGCGUACGACCUGAAGUUUCGAGGCGAGUACAACCGACAUGCUCAGGCCUGGAUGGACAGCAGUCAGUGUCAGGUCAUCGGCUCUUUGGCCAUGCUGUCCACUGAAGUGUCCGUGCUGCUCCUCACUUACCUCACUCUGGAGAAAUACAUCUGCAUCGUCUACCCUUUCAAGUACCUGACUCCUGGCUGGCGACGAACUGUCACCAUCCUUCUUGGAAUAUGGGUGUUUGGCUUCAUUGUUGCCUUCCUGCCCCUGGUCUGUAAGGGUUUAUUUCGAAACUUCUAUGGGACCAAUGGAGUCUGCUUCCCUUUGCACUCUGAGCAGCCAGAGACACUCUGGGCUCAUGUUUACUCCAUUGUCAUUUUCCUGGGUCUCAACCUGGUGGCUUUCCUCAUCAUCGUCCUCUCCUACGCAAGCAUGUUCUACAACAUUCAGAGAACGGGCACCCAGACCCCAAAGUACAGCAACCACAUCAAGAAGGAGGUGACCAUCGCCAAGAGGUUCUUCUCCAUCGUCAUCACCGACUCCCUCUGCUGGAUCCCCAUCUUCAUCCUCAAGAUUCUGUCACUGCUGCAGGUGGAGAUUCCCGGCACCAUCAGCUCCUGGGUCGUCAUUUUCAUCCUCCCCAUCAACAGCGCUCUCAACCCCAUCCUGUACACGCUGACCACCAGGCCCUUCAAAGAGACCAUCCUGCAGGUGUGGGCCAACUACAGGCAGAAGAGGCCGCUGCUCAGCGGCCACCCGGCUCACUGCCCGUCCCUCACCUGGCAGGAGAUGUGGCCCCUGCAGGAGAACAGCCACGGGAACACGGCGGAGGCCAAGAGCGCCGCGCCCAAACUCACGCCCGUGGAAAGCCCCAACGACGGGUACAACGACGUGGCCGCGAGCACGAAACAGAAGCAGCGCACGGUGCUGUCAGUGGGCUCCCAGAAACCAGCGGUGUCUCUCACACUCGCACACACAUGCACACACACCGACGAGCUGCUAUGA